AUGGCGAUUAGAAGAAUUGUAAAACGGCGUGGCAGCCCAAUAGAGAUCUUUUCUAACAAUGGCACGAAUUUUGUCGGAGCCAAUAGAGAGUUGUUGAAAGAAAUCAAUAUUGCAUGCGCCGACACAUUCACUGGAGCGAAAACUCGAUGGUCAUUCAACCCCCCUUCGGCGCCACACAUGGGAGGCGCGUGGGAGAGGAUGGUACGCUCAGUAAAGGAAGCGAUGGAUAUCUUUAUUGACGGGCAGAAGCUGACGGAUGAGGUAUUGCAUACAGCUUUGAUUGAAGCUGAAAACUUAAUUAACUCUCGACCAAUCACUUAUGUGUCGACUAAUGUUAAGGAAGAUAAAGAGGCAUUGACACCGAAUCACUUCUUGCGUGGCCGUUCAUCGGUAGAAUGUUUGCCAUCGAGGAACCCGGAAAGCUUACCUGAGACGCUGCGGAGUAGCUACAGUAAAGCUCAACAGCUAGCAGACGGUUUUUGGGAGCGUUGGCAGCAUGAGUACCUGCCGACAUUGAACAAACGAUCAAAAUGGUUUGUAGACCAGAGAAACGUGGCGAUCGGGGAUUUAGUAUUUGUUGCUGAUGGAGAGAAGCGAGGAAUAGUGACGAAGGUGCUAGCUGGUACUGAUGGAAGAAUUCGUUCUGCUUCCGUAAGGACUAGUAGAGGCGAGAAACUUCGGCCAGUGUCAAGGCUGGCAGUCUUGGAAGUGGAGAUGGAGCAGAGUAAACCAGUACUGCCGCCGAGUGCAGCAGUGACAGGGUUUACGGGCGAGGGUAUGUUGAAUGUACACCCAGUUGCGAAGGGGGGGUCCAUCCAAACUCCAGUUGCGAAGGGGCGCAAGAUUAGCCACGAAACGGCACGAUAG